AUGAGUAUUACACCACCUAGACAGAAGAGUUUGAUCCAGGCUCCCCCCAGCCCCCACUAUCGCUACGGCACACAUCACAGGAGAUCAGAUUCUAUAGAUUUGGGACGACGAGGAAGUGACGGUUUGGUGCUUUCCGCGGCACAACCUAGAAGAAACUCAUAUGUUUCCUUUGACUCGCCUCCUGGGCAAGUUCAUUCCGAGCAAGCUCACAAGUGGCCUGGGGACUCGGCGGUGGUAGCCGAACCAAUCAUAGACUUAGACCGCAUUACAGAAGAAUAUAAAAGGGAUAGACAGCUGUUGGCACAGAAGCAGGUCAACUGGUGCAAGUUUUUAAAAGAGCACCCCAUUGAUGCAGACAUUUACUUGAGAAACCUGCGCUCAAGCUCAAGCAGCCAGGUUGAUUUUCCACAAACCUCGGAAAUGUUGCUAGACAAGUAUAAUACAAGUUACAAUAUUGAGAGUGACGACGACAACGACGACGAUGAAGAUGAAGACGAUGAAAAUUCGGUGAAACAAAAGGAAAAGCCAGCUAAACGGGUGUUGAAAAAGUUAAAGUCCAAGCUUACCUAG